GGUUGAUUUUUCUGGUCGAUGAUUCAUGAACUUUCGAAAUUCAACAGAUUGCACAUAGCUUUCUAAAUAUUUUGUGAGCGAAUUGUACUUUGUACAUGUUUGAAUUGGAGAUCAGUGGCAGUCACGGCAUUGUUGAAAAAUCUCUUCUUUUUAUGUACAAAAAAUUAAUAUGAUUGUUGAUCUUAAAUAGCAUAUAAAUUUCUAUCGAAAUUUCGGGGAUAGCUUUUCAUAUUGCAUUUGUCAUAAAUUGUCAAAUUGAAUGUAUUACAAGAUCCAUAUUUUUGUCACGUGCUCAUACAAGGUUUCACCGAUGAAAUACUCUGAACGAUACAAGUGAAUUAUUCUUCUUAUCAGUUAAUGAGUUCCAUUUUUUUCGCCGUACACAAUCUAGUCGAAUAUUUCUCGCUUAUCAUAACCGUCGUUCGCUUCUUCGAUCUGUCUGCUCAAGAUGAUAUGCUCGAGGUGCGCAAGAUGUGUUCGGACCGAGACGAUCAAACUUGACCUGAGCAAUGUGAAUAUUCAGGGUGACGUCCAUCGUGUAGAUUGCAUCGAUGGCGAUCACUUUGUAAAUAUAGUGUUAAAUGAUGAAAUAAUUGACAUUAAUAAUAUCUAUAGCGAUCGACUCGUAGAUGAAUGGCGGCAAGUCCAGUCGGAUCGCGAUAAGGUGCUCCACUACAUAUUGAGCCAGAUUGUUUACCCCAACUUCGAUGCGCCACGAGCAGAGAAAUUCGAAUCAUUGUACGCUCCGGUUGAUGAGCACGACAUCGUAUCACUAAGAUGGUAUAAGGGAAAAGCGAUUGGGUUUUAUACUGUUAAACCUACAGGUACGGAAAUAUUCUCGACGAAAGAAAGAUAUGUGAUGCCCAUAGUGGACACGGCAUACAUUCGUUCAGAAUAUAGAAACCGGGGUUUUGGUACGGAAAUCUUAUCCGACGUGAUCGCGCGCUUUCCGAAUGAAGAUAUUGGCUUUUCUAAGCCAAUCUCAAAUGGCAUGUUAAGAAUCCUGAAAACAUUUCUGAUGAAUCAUAAAGAAUAUCGAUUGCGUUUCUGGGAAAUUGCAGACUGCGAUAUCGGUGUAUCUCAGCAACUGAUAUGGUGCCGUUUGAAAAAAUGGCAAUGACAUAGUUUUUAUGACAAAAAAU